AGCGUGGGCUCGCCGCGCCCGCCACUACAGCGGGGUUUGCGCCGCGGCCGAAGGCGGACCGGCCAGCGCAGGUCCGGUCCCUCGCAUCCGCGCUCCCCGGCUGCGAGGCGGUCGAUGGGACGGAGCGCCGCGGAGCAGGAGGCGGCGCCCGUCGGGGGGCUGGGGCAGCGCGAGAGCGCGUCAGGAGGCUAGGGCAUGGCGGGCCGCAGGACCUGAGUCCUACCCCGCGGGCAGCAACCUGGUGGCGGGCGAUGGGGACGGAGCGGGGCUGCCGCCGCGCUGAGCCGUGAGCGCCGCGCUUCAGCCGCCGCCUCUUCGUCGCCUCCUCGGCCCCUCGCGAAGCGCCGGGCAGCUCGGGAACAUGGCCCUGGAGCAGCUCUACUCGGUCCUCAAAGUGUUGUUAAUAACAGUACUUGUAGUGGAAGGGAUUGCUGUGGCCCAAAAGACCCAAGAUGGACAAAAUAUUGGAAUCAAGCACAUACCUGCAACCCAGUGUGGCAUUUGGGUUCGAACAAGCAAUGGAGGUCAUUUUGCUUCACCAAAUUAUCCUGACUCAUAUCCACCAAACAAGGAAUGUAUCUACAUUUUGGAAGCUGCUCCACGUCAAAGAAUAGAGUUGACCUUUGAUGAACAUUAUUAUAUAGAACCAUCAUUUGAAUGUCGGUUUGAUCACUUGGAAGUUCGAGAUGGGCCGUUUGGUUUCUCUCCACUUGUAGAUCGUUACUGUGGUGUGAAAAGCCCUCCAUUACUUAGAUCAACAGGGAGAUUCAUGUGGAUUAAGUUCAGUUCUGAUGAAGAACUUGAAGGACUGGGAUUUCGAGCAAAAUACUCGUUUAUUCCAGAUCCAGACUUUACUUACCUAGGAGGUAUUUUAAAUCCCAUCCCAGAUUGCCAGUUUGAGCUGUCAGGAGCUGAUGGAAUAAUACGUUCUAGUCAGGUAGAACAAGAGGAAAAAACAAAACCCGGCCAAGCAGUUGAUUGCAUCUGGACGAUUAAAGCUACUCCAAAAGCUAAGAUUUAUUUGAGGUUCCUAGAUUAUCAAAUGGAGCACUCAAAUGAAUGCAAGAGAAACUUCGUUGCAGUCUACGAUGGGAGCAGUUCUAUUGAAAAUCUGAAGGCCAAGUUUUGCAGCACUGUGGCCAAUGAUGUAAUGCUUAAAACAGGAGUUGGGGUGAUACGGAUGUGGGCUGAUGAAGGUAGUCGGCUUAGCAGGUUCAGAAUGCUCUUUACUUCUUUUGUGGAGCCUCCCUGCACAGGCAGCACUUUCUUUUGCCAUAGCAACAUGUGCAUCAAUAAUUCUUUAGUCUGUAAUGGGGUUCAAAACUGUGCCUACCCUUGGGACGAAAAUCAUUGUAAAGAAAAGAAAAAAGCAGGACUGUUUGAACAAAUCACUAAAACUCACGGAACAAUUAUUGGCAUUACGUCAGGGAUUGUCGUGGUCCUUCUCAUUAUUUCUAUUUUAGUACAAGUGAAACAGCCUCGAAAAAAGGUCAUGGCUUGCAAAACUGCUUUUAAUAAAACUGGAUUCCAAGAAGUGUUUGAUCCUCCUCAUUACGAACUGUUUUCACUGAGAGACAAGGAGAUGUCUGCGGACCUGGCCGACCUGUCGGAGGAACUGGACAGCUACCAGAAGGCGCGGUGCUCGUCCACGGCGUCGCGGUGCAUCCACGACCAUCACUGUGGAUCGCAGGCACCCAGCAUCAAACAAAGCAGGACCAACCUCACUUCCAUGGAACUUCCCUUCCGAAAUGAUUUUGCACAACCGCAGCCAAUGAAAACAUUUAACAGCACCUUCAAAAAGAGUAGCUACACUUUCAAGCAGGCACAUGAGUGCCCUGAACAGGCCCUAGAAGACAGAGUAAUGGAAGAGAUUCCCUGUGAAAUUUAUGUCAGAGGGCGGGAAGAUUCUGCACAAGCAUCCAUAUCCAUCGAUUUUUAAUCUUCUACUGAAGGUGACAUUAAUUAUUAAGUAUGUACGUAUGUAGCCUACAGGACACCCAUACUGUUUUCAGCAGCCAACCCUUUUCUCCUGUCAGAGCCAGGAAGAUCUUCAUUUCCCAUUAACCUAAUGUAAUGGUGAAGUUUUUAUUAUCUCAGGCAGUCUAUACAUGUUAACCCAACCUAGGAACUUAUUCCAUUCAGUAAAAAACAAAAAAUAAGCCUCUAUUGCUCAGUGUCCUACAAGCAAAGCACCAGUUACAUAGUAGCAUUUGGAGAGAUGAAGGUGUUGCACCAGGCUCAGCGGCCUGCCGGUCUUAGCAGCAGGAAGACUGCUCCGGAUUGAUACAGCUCUGUCAAUGUUUUGAUCCCACAAUAAGUUUAAAAGUAAGAUUUUUCUUCACAUUCCUUUAAUUUUUUUCUUUUCUCUAAAUUUAAUUUGUUUUAUAAGCCAGUAAUUUUACCGUUUCUUAUAUAAAUGGUUCAUGUAUCACAUGUAUUUCAAUAUAGGCAUUUGUUCUAGAAUUUGUCAAAAUAUAACUAGUUACUGUGAUAAGUGCCAAUUAAGACACAGAGUUGUGUUUCGUCCAUCUGUUUCUUCUUGACUAGUUUCUAUACUGCUGCCUUUUAAUUACUGGAUCCUUAGUCUUUAUUUUCUGUGAUAUGAUUUAGCACCUUUAAGUCAUAUUUUGCGUUAGUUAUAUUAUAUGAAAAAGUUUCAUAAUCCUGGGAUGUAUGCACCAUUGCCAGUUAUACCUAAAAACUUGACAAAGAUUAAAAUUUUUAGAAAUGCUCUGAAAUUUCCCAAGUUUUAUCACAUUCAGUGAUAACCCAUUCAUUCCUGUGAGCAAAAAGUCAUUUAAUGCAUUUUGGGGGAAGCCUAUCAUUAUAUUUAUUUCCACUGUUUCUCAUUACUAGAUCUGUGUUUUUUAUUAUUUUUAUAAAAAGAUUAUUUCACUCCCUUUGUAUUGGUUUAUCUUGUAGGAUAUGGUAACCAAGGUUGUAUGAGAGUUAAAGGAAAAUGCCUAAGAAACUGUAUAAGCCUUUAGAUUGCUUCUUAACUUGGGACAAUACGUUUUUCUAGUUCUUACCAAGAAUAACAAUUUCCACUUUUUUUUAAACUGCACUUUUGACCUUAUUUUUUUUAAUGGUAUAUAAACAAUAAUUUAUAAACAUGAUAUAAAAACUCAUUGUGUUUUUUUAGACUUUUGAUAUUAUUUGAUACUGUACAAACUUUAUUAAAUCAAGAUUAAAGAGCUACAUGACAGAUUUCUUUCAGUGUUUGCAUUAGCGACUUUGUAUACAAAUAUGCUGUGAUGGAACUGUACACUAUAAUUUAUUGUAAAGACCUUGGUAAUGUGUACAUAAGCGUUUGUUUUCUCUUGUUAUUGCAUUUAGUUUAUGAUAAAUUUUUCACUGUGUGAUAUUUAUUGUUCUAAAUCACUACACAAAUCUGAUAUUAAAAUAUACAUUGUUACAUGAUUCUUCAAUCAUGUUAUUUAUGGCACUGAGAUUUUCGAUCUUAAGAUAUAUAUGGAAAGGAAUCCAUUUAUUGAAUUAUAACUAAAAGAUAAAUUCUCAUUUUUGAUAUUUUUUGUAGUUAAAUUCUCAAUGAAAUGAGAAAUUAAAGUUUCACUGGAUUUCAUUGAUUUUUUAAAAAUAUCACAUCUGUAUGUUUUCUCAGAUUAAUGAAAACUGUGACCUUAAACAUGAUACAUGUAUAAUACUCCUUCAAAAUGCUUAUUAUAUCACAUUUUUUAUUUUUUAAAAAGUAUAUACUAUCCAGAAGAUAGGAAAGCCUACAAAUAGUAUUGUCUUGAUUUAAGUUUUUUUAAAGUCAGCAUAAUUUCCUGUUUUAAAAAUAUAACUUGGGAAGGUAAAAAGACUUAACGAAUGUAGUAUUCAAUGAACUAAUGAACCAGAGCCAGAUUAGGUAGCUAAAUUCUUUCAGUAGCUGUUUGAAUAGGCAUUUUAGUAGGUAACACACCACACAGUAUUUAGUAAAUCCUUAAUAAAAUAAUAACUGUGAUCUCAUUCUUAAUGAUAAUGAAAGGAAAAUUAUCAUAUUUUCUAUGUAAAAUUAUAUCCAUUAAAAAAAAUUAAAUCGUCUUUAACAUCUAUAGUAGAAAAUAAUACAAUAUGCUUAACUAGUCACUUGUAACUGUAUUUUUAUUUUUGAAAUUUGUACCUUGCUGUCUCUUAAAAGGGUAUGAAGAGGCCUACAAAAUACAAAGCCUUUAAAGAAGACAUUUAACAUUAAAAAAGCACAGAAGUACAUGAUUUCAGGCAACUCAGCAAAGCUUGGACAACAAAUUUGAUUCUAAAUUUUCUUGCUGCUAAAACAAAUGAAAUCUUUGUUUUUCAUAGUAGAAAACUCAAACUUAUCUGCAAGAGGCUAGUUUUCUCUUAAACUAAAGAAAGGAGGGUCUUCAUAUUGAACGACAUUUCCUCAUAAUUUAAAGAAAAUGCAAAAUACAGAGAGAGGCCAUAAUGGUAAACCUUAACCCAGUGAAGGCACAUCUCAGUGUGGUCUAGGAACUAAAGAACCAGACGAUCAAUAGCUAAGCUAGCCUGAGACUGGCUUAUUAUUUUAUUUUAUUUUAUUUUGAAUUUUAUUUUAUUUUUGUAUACAGCAGGUUCUUAUCAGUUAUCUGUUUUAUGCACAUCAGUGUAUACAUGUCAAUCCCAAUCUCCCGAUUCAUCACGCCACCACCACCACCCCCGCCACUUUCCCCCUUGGUGUCCAUACGUUAGUUCUCUACAUCUGUGAGACUGGCUUAUUAUUAUUCAUUGAACUAUGGGUGGGUAUUAGAUCUCAUUUAUUUCUUAGUCAAACAUUUGGCAGUAUAUGAUAUGAAGAGAAGAGAAUGAAACUAAUAAAUUUUAGGCGUUAUUACCAGAAUAAUGCUAAUUGCUGUAUAUAUAGUCUUUCAUCUUUGAGGUCAAUGAGAAAACUUUGCAAAUUGUUUACUAAUGUGAAAGCCAUAAAUUUUAGUAAUUUAAGAAGAAAUUUAGCCAUCUUGUGGAAGUUAUUACACCCUUCAGAGAGAAUAUAAUACCCAGUGUUAAACAUAGAACAAAAAAGGCAAAUCUGGAGGAGAGAAUAUCUUCAAUUCAGAAGCAGCAUUAGGUGCACUUGUACAGCACUGUCAUUUGUGACACCAUUGAUCCCAAAUUUAACACAAGGUAUCAAUCCCCAAGUGCCCUCAAAUUUCAGGAAACCUACUAAUCCCAACAUCUGAAGUAUGUAGGAAUAAAGUAUGAUGUACCUUUUGUGAGGGGAAAUGUUCACACCAAAGGUUUAACAAAAAGCAAAGGAUUUUCCACAUUUCAAAUCACAAAAGAGAUAAGAAACACUCCUUUUAUUUUGACUUGUUAACAGCUUGUGUCAGUGUCUUUGUCAUGUUUCAUAUGAUUAUUGGGCAUUAAAAGAACCUCCUAAAUGCCUGAACAUUUUUAUAGUUCUGCUGUUGUCUGGUGAGGAUGCUUCCUUGUUUCAGGGGUGUGUCAACUGAUGAACAGGAUAGGAAAAGCCUAGUUGUGACUACAGGAAUAAUUCUCAAUCAGAGAAUAGUAAGCUCUCUUACAAAAUGGUGUCUGCUGUAUUGUUCAUGAUCAGAAAGAACCUUGAGAUUUUGGUUUUUUUAAGAUCCAAGAAAGAUUAUCUGCUCCAACUUUAUUAAUGAGAAGACUGAAGCCCAGAGAAGAGAAGACAGUGCCCACAUCUCAGAGCUAGUCCAGCGCCCUUUCCUUGCUUUCUGCCCUCUCCCUGCUUUAGCUGACUGUAUGUUUUAAAAGCCACUCUAAACAGCAGCCCAGAUGUUUCAUGUAAGGUUGUCAAUUACUCUGAUUUAAAAUGUAAUUUAUUCUACAACAAUUUCUUUCAAAGCAUUAUAUUUUACUUUUUUUUUUCCUUAUGUAACACUUUGUUAUUCUACAAUUUUGUUGCCAUGAUUUCUUGGCACCUGCAAAUUCUACAAGACAAUUACUGUGAAUUCUUAAUAAACAAUGUUUGUUAACAAUUUAUAUCCUUGACACUGGACAGAAAGAGCUUUCAGUGUUUUGCUUUUGUGAUCUUUUUUAAAUCUAAAGGAAAAAACGUAUACUCUAGAAAUUAAAACACUUGUGUGUGCUGUAUCUCUUGAGUUUGGAGAAUGAUUUGAGUUCUGAGCUAAAUAAUAUGACAAGUUGACCUCGGAUAUCUUUUUUUAGCUUUCUGCAAAAUCAGUUGUCCAUGUUUUAUAUACCUCUACUAAUAACAAACUCAUAAUUCUGAAUUUGCUUUUUUUAAAGCAACUUUUCCAUAUAUUUCUGUGAUUGGUUUAAUGACUACAAAAGCCCAGGAAGCUAAUGACUGGGGUGCAUGUUUAGUAUGUACUGUCUUGAGUAUAUC